GAAUAAACUUUGUUUUGAAAUAUUGAACUUGGCUAAAAUCAUAAAAGUUGUUGUUUUAAUUAUUUCUAAAAGUACUGAAGCUGGUUUAAGUAUUGAUCAUGGAAGAUUCUGUGCAAAUAUUAUGUAGACUUUGUUUGAAACAUUCUCUAGAAACCACAAAUCUGUUUAGUUAUCAUGAUGGACAUCUGCUAGCUGAUUUAGUAAAAAUAAUUUGUCCUAUUUCAAUAGUAAAAAAUGAGCCUGGUAUUCCUGACAACGUCUGCAAAGGAUGUUUAGAAUUAAUUAUUGAUGCCAAUAAUUUACGUGACCUGAGUUUGAUGAACGAUGCUGAAUUAAGACGUACCAAAGAAGAAAUCAAUUUUAAGGAGGAAAAUUUCUAUAUCGAAGCUUUGGAUGAAGCAACUUUUGAAGAUGCAAAAUUUUAUCCCAUCAAUUUGGAUGAGCAACCGAUAAAAAUAGAAUCAUACAAGGAACAAACCGUUAUUAAUAUUUCUAAAGUCAAAAACUAUUGUGAGUUAUGUGACACAAUUUUCUCAAAUGCUAGUUCAUUUAAACGACAUCAACUUCGACGUCACAGUGAUGCUCAAUAUCAUUGCGAUUUAUGUGGAACUGUAUUUAAAACAAAACACGAUACUGAAACUCAUAUGAAGAGAGUACAUGUGAAAAAGUUUCAAGAAGUCAAGUUUUUAUAUUCUCAGAAACUCAGCAUUGAUGUGACUGAUAUGUAUGAGAAGCAUGAAGAAGCUCCAAGACUCAAUUGCACUUUCUGUGCUUAUACUGAUGAUGACGAAGAUUCUCUUCUUCAACAUUUAUCAACACAUUUAGAUGUUGUAAAGUCGGGAAAAAUGUAUUGCACUUUAUGUCCGUCAGCAAUUCUUUCAAUGGAUUUUAUGAUAAAACACACAAAAUCUCACAACGAGAAACUGAAGACUCAUCGUUGUCUCAUAUGUAAUAAACUCUUUCCAUUCGACGAUAAAUUCCUAAACCAUUUAAGAAAUCAUAAAAAGAAUCAACAUCAGAUCUGCUUUUGUCCUGAAUGUGGUCGUAAAUUUUCAAAGCCACGACUAAUGGAAGAUCACAUUCGGUUCAUUCAUAACAAAGAAGCUCUCUUCUGUUGUCCUAAAUGUGGACAAGGAUUUGGUAGUAAAUCGGCUCUUAAUGGACAUAUCAAAAGGCACAUCGAUGGCAAUAAAUAUCAAUGUCCAUUUUGUCCAAAAACGUUUUCAUCUCAUAACUUGUUAAAUUCACAUAAAGUUGUUCAUACGACAGAAAGACCUUUUGCAUGUGGAAAAUGUGACAAACGAUUUAAGAAUCAGAAAGUUCUUAAUGAUCAUUUGAAACGUCAUGACAACUCGCGACCAUUAUAUAUCUGCUCGAUUUGUAAUCGAUCACUCAACAGUUCAUUCGCUCUGUCUCGUCAUUUUCUUAUACACACUGGAUCUAUAUUCGUCAAAGCCAAAAAGAACAUCAAUGACAUUUUUGGAGACAUCAGUGAUUAUGUUAUCGAGACGACAAAUUUCGUCGAAGGACUCUCCGAAAGUCAAGGUCAGGGAGACAUUGUUGACAAAGCUGAAGCGGAAACAUUUCGCAGUUAUGUUUUCAAGAUUAACAACAUUCGUGAAGUGUUAACACGUGAUCACAUGAAAGUUGCAUUUUUUGGACGAACAUCAAAUGGUAAAAGUUCAGUUAUCAAUGCUAUGUUGAGAGAUAAAAUUUUACCAAGUGGCAUCGGACACACAACAAACUGCUUUUGUCAAGUCGAAGGAAUUGAUGGACAUGAAGCUUAUCUUGUGAAAGAAGGAUCUGAAGAGAAGCUUAAUGUAACUUCUGUGAAACAACUUGCAAAUGCUUUAUGUCAAGAAAAGUUAUGUGAAAGUUCUUUGGUGAGAAUAUUCUGGCCACGCGAACGUUGCAGUUUACUUCGUGACGAUGUUGUGUUUGUUGACUCACCGGGUGUCGAUGUAUCACAGAAUCUCGACGAUUGGAUUGAUAAUCAUUGUUUAAAUGCUGACGUUUUUGUUCUUGUAUUGAACGCUGAAUCGACAAUGACUUUAGCUGAAAAAUCAUUCUUUCAUGAAGUUUCCACGAAGAUUUCCAAACCAAAUAUAUUUGUUCUUAAUAAUCGUUGGGAUGCGAGUGCUUCGGAGCCUGAAUUUCAAGAAUCUGUCAAAGCUCAGCAUCAAGAGCGCUGCAUCGAUUUUCUUGUCAAAGAACUAAAAGUCAACACAGUGAAAGAAGCUGAAGAAAGAGUAUUUUUUGUGUCAGCUCGGGAAACAUUGCAAGGACGAUUACAAGAAGCAAAUGGAUUGCCAGCUCAUACCGGUGCCUUAGCUGAAGGCUUUCAAAGUCGUUACUUUGAGUUUCAAGAUUUCGAGAGAAAGUUCGAAGAGUGCAUAAGUAAAAGUGCCGUGAAAACAAAGUUUGAACAACACAGUUCACGUGGAAAGACAAUUUCCAACGACAUGAAACUUAUGUUGGAUAACAUUUUCGAGCGAAUCAACGAUUUAAGGAAUCAAAAGUUAGAACAGAAGAAAUUCUUGACAGAUCGAAUCAGCAACACUGAAACACAACUUAUGGUGGUGACACGGGAAAUGAAGAUGAAAAUUCAUAACAUGGUUGAGGAAGUCGAACAAAAAGUAUCAAAAGCGUUGAAUGAAGAAAUUUGGCGAUUAAACGUUCUUGUUGAUGAAUUUAAUUUACCUUUUCACACUGACGCUUUGGUGUUGAAUGUCUACAAAAAGGAAAUGAAUGGUUACGUUGAAAAUGGUUUAGGAUCGAAUUUACGUGCGAGGCUUUCUACCGCACUUGCGAUGAAUAUUGAAACAGCACAACGUGAAAUGACGGAUCGAAUGACUGCACUUGUUCCAAAAGAAAAACUUAAAGAACAAACCAGUCAAGUGAUUGUUGCUCGUAAUCAACCAUUUGAAAUGCUUUACACAUUAAAUUGCCAGAACUUGUGUAGUGACUUCCAGGAAGAUCUUGAUUUUAGAUUCUCUUGGGGAAUUACUGCGUUAAUUCAACGAUUUAAUGCUCGUCGUACUAAUGGAAAAGGUGGAAAAGCGAUUAAAGGAAGAAAUAAUGGAAAUUUAAAUGCAUCAUACGCAAUGACCCCAACAGCAGAUUUAAAUUCACCAAUGAAUUUAAUGCCACACUUUAAUAGUGACUUUACGACAGAUGAACAAAUUUCAUUGAUUUCCCGUAUCGCAGCUGCUUCCAUCGGAUCACAAGGAACUGUUGGUGGACUUAUUAUCGCUGGAAUUCUCUUCAAAACAAUCGGUUGGCGUGUAUUGUUUGGCAUUGGUGGCAUUUACUUGUCAGUUUAUGCUUAUGAACGCCUUUCAUGGACAAAUAAAGCUAAGGAAAGAAAGUUCAAGGAUCAAUACGUUAAACAUGCAACUCGGAAAUUGAAAUUGAUUGUCGACUUAACAUCUGCUAAUUGCAGUCAUCAAGUUCAACAAGAACUCUCAAGCACAUUCGCUCGAUUAUGUCGUGUGGUGGACAAUGCACAAAGUGACAUGAAUAACGAACUGAAGGAAAUUGAAAACUCAUUGAACAUUCUUGAAGCCAAUCAAAAGCAAAUCAAACUUUUGCGCAAUAAAGCUGCGUUCAUCACCAAUAAACUCGAUACAUUUGAGAAUAAUUAUAUUAAAUCGAACUAGAAGAGAAAUUUUAUGAGAAAGUUUUUUGUUUUAAAUCGAUAGCAUGUAUUGUUUAGUACUGAAAUUUGAAAAAUAUUUUCAUUUUAUCAAAUUGUUUUGAUGCAACUAGUUAAGUAACAUCACUAACACAAAAUAUUAAAAUUGAAUUGUAAUUGCUGAAGAAAUUUGUGGAGAUCCUCCAGCAACUCACAAUAAAACGAAACUUUCUGUUGAAAUAAAAAUUAGUUGAAAACAAUAUAAA